AGAUGACACUGACAGCUACAGAGUGAUUUGGCUGUGGUGUAUUGCACGGGCGAUGGGGCUAUGUUUUUAUUUCAUUCUAAUUAAUUAGAUGACAAAAUUCCGGGCUUAUCCACUACAGUGCUAGUGAUAAGUCAUUAGGGUACCAAAUUACUAAUUUAUUUUCAUUCAGUACUGAUUGCAUUCAUGACAUAACCUAAAAGUUCCUUGAAUCAGAGUUCUUAUGUAAAUUCGCAUUUAUUUGAAUAAACUAUGGAAAGUAAAUCGAAAAAUGUGGUUCGGGUUGGAUCGAGGAAGAGCGAGCUGGCCCUCAUCCAAACCAAUUAUGUGAUUAAGUGUCUAAAAAAACAUCAUCCCGAAAAGGAGUUUGAAAUAGUAACCAUGACAACGCUCGGAGACCGAAUACUAGACAUUUCGUUACCUAAAAUCGGGGAAAAAUCUCUGUUCACAAAAGAUUUAGAGGACGCUCUGCGCAAUGAUUCCGUGGACUUCGUCGUGCACUCACUCAAGGAUUUACCCACUACCUUGCCCGACGGACUUGCUAUUGGUGCUGUUUUUGAAAGAGAGGAUCCAAGAGACGCGCUAGUCCUUCGCGAGGACUUUAAGGACCACACGUUAGCGACACUGCCUGCCGGUUCUGUAAUUGGUACAUCGUCCCUCCGUCGCACAGCCCAGCUGCGCGGCUCGUACCCGCAGCUCACGGUGCAGGAUGUCCGCGGCAACCUCAACACGCGCCUUCGCAAGCUCGACACGUCGGGACAGUACGCGGCGCUCAUGCUCGCCAGCGCGGGCCUACAGCGAAUGGGCUGGGGCAACCGCAUCUCUAAGAUUUUGCCGUGUGCGGAUAUGAAGUACGCGGUAGGUCAGGGCGCGCUGGCCGUGGAGUGUCGCUCGGACAACGCCGCCAUCUUAGCAAUGCUGGCGCCCUUCAACCACCCCGAGACAUACUGCCGCAUACUCGCCGAAAGGAGCUUCUUGAAAACUUUAGGUGGUGGUUGCAGCGCACCUGUUGGCGUGUCCACAACUAUAAAACCAGUAGACUCCCAAUUCAAACUGUCCAUAACUGGCGCCGUGUGGAGCCUAGAUGGCGCCACCAAACUAGAUCACACGCUACAACAAACAUUCGUGCAAAUAAAACGCACGCAAAAACAUAAACUGAGUCCCACAGAAGAGAACGAAUGUAAAAAAGUCAAAAUUGACAAUGGGGAGGCUGAAAACGAAAUUCUUAACCCAUCAGAAGUACUUAAAGACAAUAAGACUGACAGUACUGGCAGCUGCGGGGAGGCCAGUGACAGUGAAGUGGACAGACGUAUAUUCUGCGGGCUGUCCGUAAACCCCAGCAUGCCAAUAGAUGUUAUUAUCAAAUGUGAUAACCUUGGCCGAGAUGUGGCCAACGCGCUCAUUGAUAAAGGCGCGUUAGAAGUUAUGAAAGUGACGCAAGACUUGAUAAGAAGCUCUGUCGCUGAGAAAUCAUGAUUUUUAGUUAUGAAAAUGAGGCUGUAUAUUGCUAAAGAGGCCAGACAAAAGGCCUAACGAUUAGUAUCAAUUUUACAGAAGACAAAUGUUGGGAAAUCGCACAAUGUUAUAAAUAUUUUUCACUGAAUGGGAUAAUUUGUAAAUUAACCUAAAAGCUGCUUAUUUUAAAACAAUUUUGAGGUUGGGUCUUUUCGCAAUGCCUUAGUAUGUAUAUAAUAUCUAGUAAAAUUAGAAACAGAACAAUUAUGAAGAAUUUGUAAUAUUGUAAAUACAAGUAGUAUCUUUUUAUAAAGCGCGGUGCAGCUUGUCUAAGCAACGAUGUUCGGCGGCAGUGUUUGUAAAUAAGAAAAACAUUGUUAUUUUUUUUAUGGUACAGACUUUUACAACGAAUCUGUUAUAUUUAUAUUUGAAGGAUGUUCGUUGUAUUGACUAUGUUCUGACCACAGAGUAUUGAAUGAGUGCAGUGUUAAUAAAAUGUAUUUAUUUAAAAUUUUCUUCAAAUGCAACUCGCAAUUUUAAGAAAAUAUUAUUAUAUGUCGAAUUUUUGUAACCAUACUGAGUCAAACAGUAAAGUUAUGAAAUGCGUUCUUUAUUUUUAUUCCGUUUGUAGAAAUUGUAGAUUCUGUAUCAUACAGUCAAAUUAAUCUUAAAACUUAGAAAAUACGAAUAAUGUUACUAGCCUACGAUUAACUGCAAAACGCUGAUAGCACAGCAUUUUAUUGACUACUCUAGUGGCUGAAACCGGACUGUUGACUGUUAUGUAUGGAUUUAAAUAAAUUGUAUUUUGUUUCUAUAGACGUACGAUGUUGUACAAAUUAUAUUAUGUAGUGGGUACUUAUUUAUGUGGGAAACUUCCCUGGGACCUUUAUAGAUAUUAACUUUAUAUAAUUGGUUAUGUAUUUAAAUUGUUUUGUUAUCCAACAAAUGUUUGUUUUGUGGUUAUCAGGGAUUUAUUAGGUGCCUUGAAUCGAGUAAUUGAAUCUUGAAACGUGUCCUUGUAAUUAAAAUCUGUGUAUCUGGAUGAAAUUUACAUUUGAUGCCUCUUCUAGUUGGUAUAAUUAUUUUCCUUAUUUUCUGAAGGCUUAUCAACUCAUUUAAUCGCGACAGUUGUUUGAACAAGACUUACAGUCACAGAUUAUGAGAUUUGACAGACGCAUUCAUUUAUUAUAAUUUUUGUGGUGAUCAGUGUUCGAGAAACCAGGUUUACAGUAUUUGUAGACCAAAACAACCAUUAUGUUGGUUACCAAAUUUAAUAUUGUUAUUAAUCCCUAUUCCAAUAUCUAUUUCUUCUGUAAAUUAUUGACGAUUGUCAGAUCCUUUUAUUUAGUUAAAUCUUCUUACUCUAUGUAUGGGGACAUCAUAUUGCGCAAGGAGAAACAAAUUCGUGACGUUUCAAAAAUUUAGGUAAAUUGAAGCAUGAAGAACUCUGAGACUUAAAUACGCGUAUUACGAACAAAAAUGGUGUGGGGUGGGGGCCUAACUAGUAAAGACUAUGGCUACACGUUGACUGAUAAUAAUUAUAUUCAUUGACAUCUUCUGUUCGACUCUCUGCCAGAUGUAAUUUAACACCUCAGUUUCCUUUUAACCUGCAUCCUGUAACUAUGGUGUUUAUAUAAUUGUUGAUGUUUAUGUUAAUUUUAUUUAAAUAAACCGGUGAAUGUGUUGGGA